CCGGAGCGUUGUACAUCUUCCCACUCAUCUCUGAUGAAAAUCAAUUCAAUGGCAAUCUCCCUACUCUUUUCUGAUUAAUGAAACGUGAAGUAAUUGUUAGUUUUUUCGAUAAACCUUUUUCACCUGAUCUAUUUUGUUCUGCCGUUAAGAUUAUCAUUUAGCUUAAUCAUGAGUGAUAAGCGGCGUCACGGUCUCUCGAAAGAAGAGAUUGCAAAGCAGUUUAUGCUACCAGAGAGAAAAAGCAAAAUUGCUACACUUCUUAAACAAGAUGGACAGGCAUAUUGUAUAUGUCGUAGUUCAGACAGCUCUCGGUUUAUGAUAGGAUGCGAUGCAUGUGAAGAAUGGUAUCAUGGGGAUUGUAUAAAUAUUACUGAGAAGGAUGCAAAGCAUAUAAAGCAGUUCUUUUGUGUUCGAUGUCGUGAAGAAGAUCCAACACUAGUCACACGUUAUAAACCACGAAAAUUGGAUCCAGAUGAAAGAAAAUAUAAAAAAUACAAAGAAAAAGAGCGUGCUCAUAGGUACGAGUACGACGCACCUUGGGAUCCAACUGCUGUAAAAAAAUCUUCAAAAAAAUGUGGAGAAUGUUCUGGUUGUCUUCGUUCGGAUAAUUGUGGCAAAUGCGAUGCCUGCAGGCAUCUUAAAAAAUUUGGUCCCUCUGUAAGACUGAAACUUAAAUGUGCCCUGAGAACGUGUCGUACAAUAGGUGGUCCAUUGAAAACUCCAAAAAAUACAAACAAAGUUUCAAAACCUGGUAGAAAACGCAAAAGAGAUUCGAGCAAUGAAAGAAACGAACAUCUUGAACCACCAAGACAUUGUUAUGGUCCAGCCUGCACGAAACAAUCUCGUCUUGGAAGUAAAUACUGUUCAGAUGAGUGUGGAAUGAAACUAGCUACCAACAGAAUCUAUCAAGUGUUACCACAGCGAAUUCAAGAAUGGUCCUUAACACCUUGUGUAGCAGAGCAGAACAACAGAAGAGCUUUGGAAUCAGUAAGAAAGCAACAACACGAUGUUAGAAGAAUUCUCCAAGAACUGGAUAAGCGACAUAUAGAAUUAGAUAAAAUAGUAGAGCGCGCAAGACAUGCUGUAAUAGAUCCUAAAGCAGAAAUCGAUGACAACGACGAUACUGAAAUGAGUAUGUAUUGCAUAACAUGUGGCCACGAAAUACAUUCUAGAACAGCUAUUAAACACAUGGAGAAAUGUUUUAACAAGUAUGAAUCUCAAGCGUCAUUCGGCUCCAUUUUUAAAACACGUAUAGAAGGUCAAGUAAUGUUUUGUGACUUCUAUAAUCCAGUUAAUAAGACUUAUUGCAAACGUUUACGUGUCUUGUGUCCUGAACACUGUAAGGAUCCGAAAAUUAGUGAUACUGAAGUAUGCGGCUGUCCACUGGUGACAAACGUCUUCGAUAUGACUGGCGAGUUUUGUCGAGUUCCAAAAAAAAGUUGCGUUAAGCACUAUGUAUGGGAGAAGCUACGACGAGCUGAAAUUGAUAUGGAGAGGGUUAGGCAGUGGUUGAAAAUUGAUGAGCUUGUUGAACAGGAACGACAAAUCAGAUCUAAUAUGGCUACGCGAGCAGGUGUACUUGCAUUAAUGCUUCACUCAACCUAUAAUCAUGAACUGAUGGAACAAAUGACACAAGAACAAAGUAGAGAACAAAUUGAAGCAAUGGAGGAAGAAUUGCAGCGAAGAUAUUGUAUGCAGCACAAAAAGGAAGAGGGAAUUGACCAAUAAUGACUAUAAUCAUUAAUCAUACAUCUGAGAUAAAUGUUAUUGAACUUUAUUAUGCAUUCUUCUGUAGAAGAUUUGCAAGGUGUACUUGUUACUGAGUUGCUAUGAUACACAGAAAAAUUAUCAAUGGAAAUGGUCAUUGUAUUUAAAUAUCGAGUAACUUUGUUGCCUAUAAUUAUUUUAUUGCAAUUUUUGUACAGAAAUAAAUGAGACUGGAAUGAGA